AUGGCACUCGCAUCGAAUCCCAUUCACCACCACUGGAUUGCCAGUUACCCUCGUGUGACCUGCAUUGUCCGCCCCUUGACCUGCAUUGACCGCCCCUUGACCUGCAUUGACCGCCCCUUGACCUGCAUUGACCGCCCCUUGACCUGCAUUGACCGCCCCUUGACCAGCAUUGACCGCCCCUUGACCAGCAUUGACCGCCCCUUGACCGGCCCCAGCACCUGCAGCCCUGUCACGCCGCCCGCCCCUUGUGUGCCGCCCAUCCCUCCUGCUCCUCUUGCCCCUGCUGCCGCCCCGGUUUCCCCUACCCCUACCAGCCCUCCCACACCUUGUACACCCCUCCCUUCUCCUGCUGUGUCUGCUACUACUGUACCUGCUGCUGCCGUUCCCACACCCACACUCCCACCUCCAGCCACACCCCCACCUCGUGCCAUCCCUCCCACUGCCCCCGUUUGCCCCACCGUCCCCAAUCCCCUCGAACCGAAUCCCGUUUCCCCCAUCCGUCUUCCCAUUGCCCCCAUUCCUGUACUCCCCAUGCCCACCACCGCUGUUCCCACCCCCGCCGUUCCCACCCCCGCCGUUCCCACCCCCGCCGUUCCCACCCCCGCCGUUCCCACCCCCGCCGUUCCCACCUCCGCCGUUCCCACCCCCGCCGUUCCCACCCCCGCCGUUCCCACCCCCGCCGUUCCCACCCCCGCCGUUCCCACCCCGCCGUUCCCACCCCCGCCGUUCCCACCCCCGCCGUUCCCAUCCCCGCCGUUCCCACCCCCGCCGUUCCCACCCCUGCUGUACCCCUACCCCAAACUCCUCCAGUUGACCCAAACCCCAUCGCUCCCACCCCAGGCCCCCCAAUUCCCACCCCCCCUGCGCCCGUCGCCCCCACACCCCCACUAUCACCCAAUCCCCCUGUCCCCGCUCCGGCCCCCACCACACCGACACCCGCAGCCACACCUGGCAGCCCCCCAAGCAGCGGUCUGUGAGGGGCGCAUUCCCCCCAGCAGGAGCGGCGGCCUGCAUGCCGGCGAGCUGGUGGUCAAUGGCCUGGGCGUGGGCGCGGCGGGAGAAGAGGGUCUGCAGGGCGGGGCUCAUGGCCUGGAAGGCGUGGGCAUCGAGGGGGCACUGCAGGAAGGCAUCGAUGGCCGCCACGCGCUGCGCGUCCGUCAGAGAGGGGAGGGCCUGCACGUCCUGCACUGCCUUCACCACACUGUCCGCCACUGCGUCUGGUGGGGGGGGAGAGAAGGGGAGGCCAAAGCUGUGUCCUCUGAUGGCUCAGAAGGAGCUUGA